AUCACCGUUGAUAAUAAAUAAUGAAGGGUCACCAAUUAAUUCACAUACUCCUCACGCAUUAUUCACCAUUGCAGAAAUAAAACACUGCAACAAUUUCAAAACACUCUCAAAAUUUCUGAAUCACUUUCUUUUUUCUCUCUCUCGCAAACACUUUUUUUCUCAUAUCUUCCAAUUUUCCAUCUUAAUUUUCCCUCACUUUCUCGGUUCUACAAAUCCUAGCGCUUUUCUUCCUUACCGGCGACACAUGGAGAUGUCAAUGGAAGAUUUGCGCUCGUUCGAAAUCCUUUCUAUGAUUCUUUCCGCCUUUUUCCGUUUCGCUCGAUCUCCUCGAAUACCGAAGAAUUCUAUACAAAUUACGCCUACAAAACCUAGUUUCAUGCUUGCUUGUUAAGGUUUCUUCUUCAAAUUUCUAUUUAUAGCUUUUCGUUUAAUUUUCCCCCUUUUAUGCUCGAAAUUGAAAAAACUAUUAAUGCAUUUGUCAAGUAUUUGAUGUUAGUGUGAAUUUGUUUAUCCAUAUUUUGGUGUAUGGUAUGCUUCUAAGGUUUGAAAUUGGUGUAUGAUAUAUUUCUAGGGUUUGAAAUCGUGAUCUGGAAAUAGGUUAGGAGAUUAUUGUUUUUAGAAUUUCAGAGAAAAAUCUUGUUCUAUUUGCUAUUUUGGGGGAAAAAUCGUGAUUUUGAAGUUUGUGUGGUGUUGAAUUUUGCAUUUGGUAUUUUUGGGGAAAAAUUCAAAAUGGGUGGAAAGUUGGAAUUGGGGCAUCCGAAUGUUGGUGCUUGCUGCAAUCCAAGAGAGAAAGGAGCGAGGAUUAUACUUCGACACAUUAGAGCUCAAGGGCAUCCCUACAUUGAGUUACGCGAAAAUGGAAAAAAAUUCAUAUAUUUCUGCGUUUUAUGUCUUGCUCGAUGCUACAGUGAUAGUGUUGUGUUUGAACACUUGAAUGGGAAGCUUCAUAGGAAGAGACUGGCUUCUGCUAGAAGUACUAUGAUGAAGCCAAAUCCAUGGCCUUUCAGUGAUGGUCUUAUAUUCUUUGAUGCUUUGGCUGAAAAUGAUAAAGUACAGGAAACUGCAACUGCUGACCAAAAUAGAUUGUUGAAGCUAAUUGAAAGUGGCGAUGAUAAUAAUAGUCGUGCUAUUGUGCCGUUUGGUGAAGAGGCACAGUCAAAUGUUAAACCAAUUGCGACGGAUGAUACACAGGCUGAUGGUUCUAUGUUGGUGAUUCCAUGUUUGAAGAUUGCAUCUGAAACUGUUGAUGUAAAAGUUAAGAAAGUUGGCUGGGGAAAGAUUUCUGCCAGGUUUGCUGAGAAGUAUGGCUCCUCAAAUGGGAAAGAAAUUAGAAGGAUUUGGUGUGAAUGGUUGGGUAAAGAGAAUAGUCAACAAGAUGACAUCGAGGUUCAAGAGCAUGACUUUGCUGUUGUAAUUUUCCCUUAUAGUUAUGAUUUGGGUCGGGACAAAGUUCUCGAGGAUACUAAGUCAUUACUGCCAUCUGCCUCCAUGGUAGAACUGGAAAAUGAGAGGGAAUGUGGUCGAAAGAGAAAAGCACCAUCAUCUGACAUUGAAGAUGAUGGUGAAUUUAUCCGCAAUCAAUACAUUGCAUCUGCAGAAGAGUCCUCGCCUUUGAGGAAUGCCCCCACAACAUCAACACUUGAUCGAUCUAACAGUCCACCUCUUCACACCAAGGUUGUUUCAAACAGGGCUAUGAGGAAGGCAAUCAGACGCCGAGAGCGCUUAGCAGCAGAGAAAGUAUGUAACAUCUGUCAACUAAACAUGAUUCCUGGUAAAGAUGUAGCAACAUUUUUUAAUUUGAAGACUGGAAGAAUAGCUUGCUGCAGUCGCAAUCCAACUGGGGCUUUUCAUGUGUUUCAUACGGCCUGCGUCAUACACUGGAUACUCUUGUGUGAAUAUGAAAUAAUCACAAAUUGUUUAGUUAAUCAAAAUGCUAGUCAAGAAGGGAAGAAAAAGAUUGUAACAGGUUCUGGUAAAGAAGACAGGGACAUAAAACAUGUUUUCUGUCCAGAGUGUCAAGGUGCCGGUCUGGUCAGUGCAGAUCAACUGGAGCAUCCAAAAUUCUGUUCACUAUCCCAGAUGUUCAGAUUGAAAUUAAAGAUAAUUCUACAGCGCAAAGAAUGGAUCAAGAGUUCUGAAGAUACGUCGAAUUGCUCAAUUGGAUUUCACUUCCCUUCGGAUUCUGAAGCGAUAGCUGAGGAAAAAGUGGAGCCAAUAAAAAUGUUGCAGUUCUAUCGUGCUGAUGGUGAAUAAGAAUUGUCCGAGUGUUACACAGCCUGUAGACUGCUGUAUAUCUGAUUACAUAUGUUGGCUUUGCAUUUUAACAUCUGUGUAGUGUUUUAGGUAAAUGUAGAUUGAAAAAGACGAGUUAUAUAACCUCGCAGACAGUCUCAAUAUUUAACAAUGUGUGGCCAUGUUCUUAUGGCAUAUGUGUACAUGGUAAAGGAAUAUCAAAUACUAGUAUUGUUCUAGGGUUGCAUUCUUGCUCCCUCACUUCUUA